AUGCAUCCCAUUACAUUUGUCAGAACCUGUGGAAAUGUCUUGUCGGAGUUGCAAGGACAUCUAUCCCAUUACAUUUUUCAGAACGUGAGGAAAUAUCAAUGGUGCAGUGGUGGUUUUGAGGAUAUGAAGCAGCAUUUUUCAAGAGCAACCAGUAGGGACCACUCUCCCAGGCUGGUGAAAUCCACCCGAAAGGAAGGACUCUCUGUCGUGCAGCUCGAGGAACUCCCAAAAAUCACUGGAAAAGAUUUGAAGCUGGGCAGUGAUUGUGCAAUUUGCUUGGAUGUGAUUGGAACUGAGGAACCUGCAAGGUUAGUUCCUGGUUGCCCCCAUGGAUUCCACCUAGAAUGUAUCGAUCUUUGGCUGUCGAAGAAGCCAUUUUGUCCUGUUUGUAGACACAAGCUUGAGCCUAAGUUGUUCAAUCAAGACAGUAGCAAUCCAUGUUAA